GUCGCUGAGAGGAUGUGGGCGUGCGGCGGAGUUGCGGCCUGAGCUCGGCUGGGGCGGCCUCGGCCUCGGCCUCGGCCUCGCGCUCCUUCCCUGAGCCGCGCCGAGGGGGCGCGGCCUCGUGCGGCGGUCGGAGCCCCCUGGAUCCGGGUGCGGCGGUCGCUGCGUGCGCUCGGUCCGCGAGGAGCGCCGCAAUGAAGGCGGGCGUGGUUUGCUGCUGCUGUUGCAGAUGUUUCUCUUUCCCUUCCAAGCGAAGGACAAGGAGACGGCCCGGUGUCCUGCCGUUGCGAAGUGUGCCCGAGGAUGCUGUGCUUGGUGUUGUGGAAGGCCUUCCUGCUGAGGAGCUCCUCUGGCUCGGAGCGGUGCGCUCCCGUCUUAAAUACCUCGUGGAUGGUCACGCUGCUGUUUGGGCAUGGGCACGUUUUGAAGACGUAUGGCCUGCUGCAAAACCUCUGGAGGUGCUUGCAAGUUCUCCCCCGGGGAUUUCCAUCACCAACUUCUCCAGGUCUUCCUCUUCAGAGGCGAGUGCUUUCCCCGCCUCUGUGCGGCUCAGCUGCUAGCGUCUCAUCUGCUGCUUGUGAGCACUGGAAUGGUGGGCUUGAGACCUCCGGCUGUGCUUCCAGGAAGCAGUUCCAGACUUGGGGAAAACAAGGAAGAGAACAAUUAGUGUGUGACGUUUCUAGCUGGAGAUGUGCUUUCAGCAAACCAGCUGUGAGAUGAGUAGGGCUAUUCCUUUGCUUUUCCCUCCUUCUGUGAUGGCUUGCGUUUUCGCGCAGCCAGGCCAUGGGAGGAAGUUGGGAUGUCAGCUGCAGAGAACGGUCCCAGGAAAGAACUUGCAUCUGGAAAGCACGCGUGUGAGGAGCUCCUUACCUGGACCCUUCCCUCCCACCCGGUGUUCUCUUGUCAGGGUCCCUGUGUUUGUAGCAGUCAGCACGGAGAUGGCUCGUGACGUUGUAAGGCCAUGGUGAUGUAACCCUAAAAAUGUGCUGUGAUGACCAAAACGUGGCCUGUGUUGGGUGAGGGAAGGCUAUGGCCUGAGAGUUGCCCUACUUGUCAGCAGAGGGGAUUCUGCGGGGCUCCAUUUAGGUCUGGUUCUCUUUAAUGGUUUCACUGUAGAUUCUAAUAAAGAUCUAAUGAAGUUGUGUGAAGUGAA